UUGAAGUCUUCGUGCUCUCCAGAUAUAUAGAGCAUCCCUCCACUCUGUUUGCAGCUCCCUUGACCCCGGGCCCCGUGCAUAUAUAUAUAUAUAUAUAUAUAUCUUCCUCAAUCCUCCCAUGAUUUGAGUUGCAGUCGACGACGGCUGCAGGGAUAUUAUUACUGAGAGAGAGAGAGAGAGAGAGAGAGAGAGAGAGAGAGAGAGAGAGAGAGAGAGAGAUCAUGGGAAGGGCUCCAUGUUGUUCAAAGGUUGGGUUGCAUAGAGGUCCAUGGACUCCUAGAGAAGACAUAUUGCUUACCAAGUAUAUUCAAGCUCAUGGUGAAGGUCAUUGGAGAUCUUUGCCCAAAAAGGCUGGCCUCCUAAGGUGUGGAAAGAGCUGCAGACUAAGAUGGAUGAAUUACCUAAGACCAAAUAUAAAGAGAGGGAAUAUCACCCCUGACGAGGAUGACCUCAUUAUCCGAUUACAUUCCCUUCUUGGCAAUCGAUGGUCCCUUAUUGCUGGCAGGCUUCCUGGCCGCACUGACAAUGAGAUUAAGAAUUAUUGGAACACCCAUCUCCGUAAAAAGCUCAGAGCUCAAGGAACAGACCCCAACACCCACAAAAAGUUGAUCAUAGAAGAGCCAGUACUCCAAGAUCAAUCAAAGAUCAGCAAGAAGAACAAAAACAACAACAAAAGCAACAUGAACAACAUCAGGAAGCUGGUGGUCAAGAACAAGAAGUACAAGAGCAUCGCAAAUAUUAAUAUUCAAGAUGUAGAUCAGCCACAGAAGCCAAAGGUUCAUCUCCCAAAACCAGUACGGGUUACUUCUCUUUCAAUGAUACCGAUUCAAAGCUUCCAACGCAAUGCAAUAUUUAAUGCUGCUGCUGCUGCUGCUAGUAGUGGGACUUCAAAGCAAGAAAAUAUUAAAGAAGGAUCAUCACCAUGUAUUGGCUUUGGUUCAAAAGUGGAAGAUAAUCCUUGGUCAUUUGAUUCCAAAAAUGGCGAAAAUAUUAAUGGGGUAAUUGGCCUUCUUAAUGAUGGUGGUGAUCAAGAUCAAGAUCAUGGUACUGUUGACAUGAAUGGCUUAGAUUUUGACCAGUGCCAAUACUCUAAUAAUUUAGCUACAGGAGACAAGUCUCUAGAGAAGCUUUAUGAGGAGUACUUAGAGCUCCUGAAGACAGAAGAAAACCAUGUUCAUGAAUUAGAUGCCUUUGCAGAAUCGUGUUUGGUUAUCUGAAAAAUUAAGGAGAAGAUUGAAAAAAAAAAGGGGAAGUUUGGAUUAAUAUUGUCGAUGCUUAUCAUGAUUUCACGUGCCUACCUUCCAAAACAGCUUAAUCCAUGAUGAUCAUUAGGUUAUGAGAACCACUAUUUUAGUAAUGGUUUGACGUCUUCUAUGCUGUCGUAAACUCAUGAUAUUGUUAAUAUAUAAUUAAUGAAUGUGGUUAUUAUAUAUGAUGAUA